AUGUCCGACGAUACCUGGCCCUCUCUGGCGCAAUUGCCAGCGCUAAUCUGGCAUUUCACCGAAAGCAAUUUUGCGACUUUCGUGCUCCCCAACAGCGGGUUUGGCCUGCUGGCAGCACUAGCGGCGCCCGUGCUAACGGACUGUCUCCAUCGUCCAACGGCCGCCAGUCUCCUCCUCCAAGGGCUGCCGCAGAUGAUCCUAUUCAAUUGGGCGAAUAUCUUCGUGUUUGAUCUGGCCAACCAGCGGCUGCCGCAGUCACAGGAGGAAGAUAGGAUCAACAAACCGUGGCGUCCGCUGCCCAGGAAGCGGAUCACUCAAGACGCCACUAGACGGCUGAUGCUCAUCGCCAUUCCGACCGUGUGGACAAUCAGCUCCCUCCUGGGAGUGGGGAGGGAGGGCGCCCUCAUCCUCCUCUUGACUUGGCUCUACAAUGAUCUGCAGGGAGGCGACGAGCUGGUGCGGGAUCUCAUCAUCGCCGCGGCCUACGGAUUGUAUCUGUCGAGCUCGCUGCGUAUCGCCGUGGGCGCCACCACCCACCAGCUCUCCGAUCGCGGAUACCAGUGGAUUGGCUUGAUAGGGGCCGUGAUUCUCACGACGAUGCAAGUACAGGAUCUCAAGGACCAGGCGGGCGACCGGAGCCGAGGCCGGAAGACAUGGCCGUUGGUCCUGGGGGAGCGACUAUCGCGCCGGCUGAUUGCGGGAUUCGUCCUCUUCUGGAGCGUCAUCGGUGCAUGGUUCUGGCAAUUAUCCUGGGGACCAUCGCUCGUGCCAAUGACCAUGGGACUGUGGGUGGGACUUCGAGUGUUGCAGGGCCGCAACGACGCUUGGGCGUGGAAAUGGUGGUGCGUGUGGCAGGUCGUGCUGUAUUCGCUGCCGUGGCUGUCAGGAGAAAUGAAGUGA